AUGUCCGCCGGACGGACUAACCCCGAAUUCCAGCGCAAGCUGGCCAAACUCCGCCUCAAAAUCCAUCCCAUCCUUUCCCUUCACACGGGUCGAAGCGCGCCGGAGUUCCCCGCCACCCUCCUCCACUUCAACCUCCUCACUGAAGCGCAAUUAGAUGAGCUAGCACACUAUUACAGCCAAUGCUGUCAAGACGAGACGACGGCGUCGUACGGCAAGAGCAUGGAUUGGGAUGCGUCAUAUUACGACGAGUACUUCGGCGAGGGAAAAUGUUUCCGUGAGAGCCGACGAGUCUGGGUGAAGCGACGGAGGUUCGGAAGGUUCAUAGGGAUGAGAGGAUGCGACACCCCUGUCGACGAAGUUCAGAAGCGGUUAUCAUGGAUGGUGGAGAGGUUAGAGGAGCAAUUGGAAGACGUGAAGAGGGAAGAUCGCAAGAGCAGAGAGGCUUGGAGAAAGGUUGGAGAGAGAUGGUGGGGAACAUGA